AUGGUGUACGAAUGGGAGAGCAAGCGAGCGGUGUGCUACCGCCUGUAUAUCGAGGAGAAGAAGUCGCUGGAGGACAUUAUCGAGAUCAUGCGCACGGAGUACCAGUUCUGUCCCAGCAAACGCGCUUUCCAGACACAGUUCAAGCGGUGGGGGUUCCCGUCGAAGCAGAACCCGGCGCACAAGAAUGUCGACCUAGUGGCGCGCGUCAAGGACCUGUGGGAACGCAAUGAGAACCAGCGCGAUAUGUUGCGGAUCCUGAACGAGGAGGGCUAUGAGAUCAAGGAGCGCGAGCUGAUGCGGCUACGCUCGAAGAAUCGAUGGCUACUGAGAGUGCCCAAUGGCAUGAAGGCCGGCAGUGUGGAUGACGGCGAGCCGCUGGGAGACGGUCAGGACCAUCAUGACCACGACCACGACCAGAGCCCGGACCAGCCGCCGACGCCGGCGGUCGGGGAGCAGGACGGCUUGAUGCCGGGUACCGGCGCGGAAGGGAUGGAGCACGAUGCGGCUGCGACUGCUGCUGCUGCUAACGCUGAGAUGUACGAUGGAACUACGAAGAGCCUUCCGCUAGAGCCGAUGUCGCAGGCCAAACGACAGGAGCGGCUAGCGCGGCUGCAGGAAGAGAGCGACGCGCGAUGGGCAACGAAGAAGCGGCGGCGACGCACGCGCGGCUGGGCCGGGCUGCCGGCCGACCCGCCGGGCCCGCCGCGGUUCCCGUCGGAGACGACGCUGGACGAGAGCAAGAUGUACCUGUGCCUGGACGAGGCGACGUACCGCGAGGUGCGUGAGCAGUUCCAGCGUAUCUGCACGGAGGCCGGGUUCGCGAAGAAGACGGCGGCGGGCGCGGAGCGGUGGCAGGCGGCCAAGGACCGGCUGGUACGCGAGUCGGCGCACCUGCAGGCGAUGCUGUGGACGGCGGCGGCGGGCAACGUGGGCGUGGGCGGCGGUGGGUUGGAGGCGAAGACGCUGGCGCUGGACGUGGUGUGCACCGACGUGACGAAGCGCAUGCGCACGCUGAGCAGCCGCAUGACCAUCGCCGCCGCGAAGAACGCGCUGGGCAUCAACCCCGAGGAGAGCCGGCGCAUCCGCAACGCCUUCUACGACGCCCUGCGCGCCGACUGCUUCACCAGCAAGCUGGAGAUGGGCCACGACCGCUGGCGCGAGCUCAAGCGCCGCUGGAUCCAGGACUCGCCCAUCCUGCAGCGCAUCCUGGCCGCCGACGCCGACGCGGCCGACCCGGAGCGCCACUCCCUUAAGCUCAAGGCCGUCGAGGUGCUGUGCCGCGAUGUCAUGAAGCGCCUGCGCGACGACCAGGCCAAGCGCGAUCCGUCCAAGCGCCAGUUCUUCACCACGCGCGGCAACGCCCAGGCGCGCACCUUUGCCGCCCAGGCGCUGGCCCGUUCACGCACCACCGCCCACGGGGGCGAUCCCGCCAACGCCCACAACACCAACAGCGCCAGCAACAGCCCCGGCGGCGGUGCGCAGCACCUGGCCGCCAUGCAACAAAUCGACCCUUCGCUCAUCCAGGCCGCCGCCAACGACCCGGCCUACGCCCUGGCCGCACACCACCAACACCACCACCACCAUCAUCACCACCAGGUCGCCGCCGCCGCCGUCGCCGCUGCAGCCGCCUCAUCAUCCUCCUCCUCCGCCGCAUCCUCCUCGACCGCCUCGGCUCCCGCAGCAGAAUCCGCCGCCGCGCCCUUCGGCUACUCCAGCGCGAUCCUCGACCCGUCCCCGCCUCACCACGCGCACCAUCCCCAGCACCACAUCCCCGUGUUUCUGCGCGUGCACCCGCAGUCGACCAUGCACGCGCAGGCCAAGACGUGGCUGGGCAAGCUGGCGUCGCGCAGUGUCGACGAGCUGCGGCUGCUGGGCGCGCUCAAGUUCAAGGACGCGCGCGUCGCGCGCAUCGAGGGCACGCUGCGCGACGACUCCGGCGCCGAGAUCUGCUUCCUGAUCUCCGAGGACCAUGAGCUGGAUGCCUACUUGACCCAUGUCGAGGGCCGCACUGCGACGUUUGCGUUUUUGCUGCAGCCGGCGUAG